CUCGCCCUUUCCCUUCCACAAGACGCGACAAACAAGACACGGGAGCCAUGUGUGCGGGAACAUCAGUGCGGCAACAGGCGCGCCGAAGCAGGCGAUGCGUGCGGAACAAGGGUGCACGCAGCAGUGCUGGUGGUGAUGGUCUGGGGAUGCUGGAGCAAAGGAAGCAGAGCAAGAUUGGAAACAGCGGCAGCGCAAGGAAAGGCGGCACCAGGGUCGGCCCAGACGUGGCUGAUAUGUGCCUGACCCCAACGUCUUCGCCUCAGCGUCGCUCACUCGUCGCUGCAGUGCGCAGCGGGAGCCCGAGGAAGGAGAAUCCACAGAAGCGGCCAAAGCUGGCAAGCCCACGCGCCUUGUUGCCAGACAGCGACGAUGAUGAUGAUGAGAAUGAUGAUGCUUGCGAUGACGUGAGCGAUGAUGAUGUUGCAGAGGAGAAGGAAGAAGACGUCAUCAGCUUGGUACCUGUGCCACAGGAGAACGUGUUUGAGUUUACAGAUGAAGAACCCAGUCAACGACUACGCACACAGCAGCAGCAGCGGCAACAAAGGCGGCCGCGGCGUGCACUGCGGCAGCGCCAGGCUUCCCCGGAGAUGGCUGCCACGGAUGACAAGCCAGCUGUGCGCACGAGUGGGUUGAGGAGAACCACAACACAAUCAAGGACCACGACGGAGCAACGCAGCGCCCAGCCAAGCAACGCACGCCCCACGCGACCCAGCACCCGAGCAUCAACACGCAUUCGUCAACGACAACAGCAGCAGCAGCAGCAGCAGCAACAGCGGCGGCGGACGCGGCGGCGCAUGAUUGUGGAUGAUGGUGAGAGCGAUGGUGAGCUGGACGAUGCAAAUGACCAGGGAGAGGUGGGACAACGUGAAGGUAUGAAGCGGGCAGUGGAGGAGCAGGAGGAGGAGAUGAAGGCAGAGACACACAGAAGUGCAAUGAUGCAGGAAGAAGAGGAGAAGAAUGAAGAGGACCAGGGACAGGAGGAAGAGGAACGCGAGGAACCAGAGCAGAACACGGCUUGCAACAAACAUGAUGAUGCCGAAGCCAGUGUAUCAGACACGGAAGAGACACAACAAUCACAACCACGACAAGACCAACAACAGCAGCAGCAGCAGCACAGUGACAAUGAGGAGUGCGUAUCAGAAGAGCAGCCAGCGUUGUCGCCCAUCGAAGCUGUGAAGCGUGCCCUCACACCAGCAUGGUACCAGCACUCUGCCAAGGGCCUCGUGUGCAGAGAAGACGAGCGUGCACAGGUGCAGGCCGUGUGGGAGAAGUGCGUUGGCAACACAACAUGCGGCGCUGUGUAUCUCAACGGCCCGCCAGGAACAGGCAAGACCGCAACACUCAAGGGACUGCUGCACGCAUCGCAGGAGCGGGGCGAGCACGUGCCGGUUGCCUGGGUCAACUGCAUGACCAUCGGCGAUCCCGCCCGCAUCUUCACCGCCAUCGCUGACCAGCUUGGCGUCACGUCAUCAUCAUCGUCAUCAUCACCAUCAUCAUCACCAUCAUCGUCAUCGUCGUCGUCGUGUAAGGAUGUGGCUGCGCUGCUGGAGCGGCGUCUUGUUGGACAGCACCGCAUUCCAUCCGUCGUCCUUAUCAUUGACGAGAUUGACUACCUGAUCACAAAGGGCAAGGAGGUGCUGUACCGGCUGUUCACGUGGACCAACAGCUGCCAUUCCGGCGUCUUUCUUGUCGGAAUCGCAAACGCCCUCGACUUUACAGAGCGGAUUGUGCCGCUGCUGCAGCGGUGGUCGUGCACACCGCAGGUCGUGACGUUUCGCCCGUACACACGCGACCAGCUCGUCCGUAUCGUCGAGGCGCGCGUCACCGCAGCGCUAGCAUCAUCAUCAUCAUCAUCAUCAUCAUCAUCAUCAUCAUCAUCAUCACCACCACCACCACCACCACCACCCGUCCUCCAUCCUGCUGCUGUUCGCUUGUGCGCGGCGAAAGUUGUCUCCGUCUCCGGCGACGUCAGACAAGCACUCGAGCUCUGCAGGCGCACGCUGGAGCUGUCACAGCGCGACAAACGCCCACAGAUUGCCAUCAUGUCCGCCCUCUUCAAAGAGGUGCUGAUGUCGAACGAAGCAGCGCGCAUGCGAGAGCUGCCCACGCACCAGCAGAUUAUCCUCCUCUCCCUGCACCACCUCGCCACCACCUCAAAGGAUGCGCAAAUCUCAGCAGUGGAGAAGGAGUAUCGACGCAUGUGCAAGCGCCUUGACAUUGCCGCUGUUUCGCAGGACAUCCGGCACUUGCUGACACGGCUGUGCUGCUGCGGCUAUGGCGCCAUGCCACAGGGGCGGGGCCGCGGUGGUGCCGGCAACGCCAAGGCGAAGGUGCGCGUGCUGGCCAACCCCGACGACGUUGUCACCGCAUUCAAGGACCACCCGCUCCUCGGCCGCUUUGUCUGA